GUUAGUGAUUUCGCAUUAUCAUAAUCUGAUUUCUUUAGUUCGAUAAUUUUGUUGCUUGCAAAUUUCGUAUUUCUCACAUUGUUUCUUUUUUAACAAUUUAGUAACCCUAAUUUUGAGAGAAAGAAAAGAGUUCGAUUUUAUUGGGAAUAAGGGUCUGUAGAUAGAGAAAAUUCGAUUUUUGACCCAAAACUUCUUCUUCGGUCACCAUCCAUCGAAACACAAACCUCGAAAGAAAAAAGAAAUGGCGGGCCAAGGGGAAGUAGGAAGCCAGUACAGGGUUUUGCCAAAGGGAAUAAAAUUUCCCUAAAUUUUCGAUUUCUUUUUUGUUGUGUUUCCCGCUUAAAAAAACCCUAAUUCCGCCAUGAAAUCUCAGAUGUCUUAAUCGGUUCGUUGUUCGUUGUUAAUGGCGGGUUGGUCGAUGGUAGCAGGCGAGGAUGCCGUCGAUCGUAGCAAAACUCCGAAGACUCUCGACGCCAAUAGGUCUCCUGAAAGUGUUAACCCAGAACCUACAGGUUCAGGGUUUGAAAAGAAGAUUAAGGAUCUCAUCUCCUUGUUCCGACCUUUACUUGAAUCUUUCCUUUGCGAGUUCUGUGCGUCCGAUAGCUUCCGACCUCUUCCUCCGAUGACUGGCGACGGGAGAGUCGUUGAUUUGUUCAAUCUUUUUCUCAACGUGAGUCACAAAGGCGGAUUUGAUGCAGUUUCUGAAAAUGAAUCAUGGGAUGAAGUUGCUCAAGACUCUGGAUUAGGGUCGUAUAACUCUGCAUCUGCUAAACUGAUCUAUGUUAAGUACCUUGAUGCACUUGCUCGAUGGUUGAACAGAGUUAUUGCCGGAGAUACUGAUGCUAGUAGCCUGGAGUUGUCUGGAAUCUCGGAUGAUUUGUUGGCUAGACUUGAAUCUUUUUUAUCUGAAGUGAAAAGGAAAUAUGAGCUGAGGAAAGGUAAAACUGCAAAGGAGUUGGGAGCAGAGCUUAAAUGGUUUAUAUCAAAAACAAAGAGAAGAUAUGAUAAGUACCAUAUUGGCAAAAAGCCUGGUUCGAAUGAUGCUGUGAAAGAGAUUCAGGGUUCUACGCUGACAGAAAAGAGACUGGAGAAGAUAAGGAUCCUUGAAUCGGGUAAUCAGGAAUACUCUUCCCCCGGGAAGAGAAAACGAGAAUGUCCUUUAGAGACGUUGAAAUGGUUAAGCAAGGUUGCUAAGGAUCCAUUUGACCCAUCUACCGGUCGUAUGCCAGACAGAUCAAAGUGGGAAGCUUAUGGAAGUGAAGAACCAUGGAAACAACUUCUUCUGUUUAGGGCCUCAAGAACAUGCAAUGAUUCAGGUUGUGAAAAGAUUUGGCAGAAACUUCAGAAGAUGCACCCAUCCCUGUAUGAUAAUAGUGCUGGACCUAGUUACAAUCUAAGAGAGAGAACGAGUUACGAUGGUCAGUUUAAUGACAAGAAAUCUUCUGGGAUUGGCUCUGAUUCAGAUAGUUCAGAUGAGGAGGAUAGACCACGUACUCUAGUUGGGUCAGAGUUUCAAGCUGAAGUACCAGAGUGGACUGAGAUAACCCCUGAAAGUGAUUCAAAGUGGUUAGGCACUCGGAUCUGGCCACUGACCAGAGAACAAAUCAACAAGAAUCUUCUUAUCGAAAGAGAUCGUAUUGGAAAGGGAAGACAGGAUUCUUGUGGCUGCCAUAAUCCAGGAUCUAUUGAGUGUGUCAAGUUUCAUAUCACUGCAAAACAGGAUAGACUGAAACUUGAACUUGGUCAAGCUUUCUACAUGUGGUGUUUUGAUGUCAUGGGUGAAGGUACUCUUCAGUAUUGGACAGACAUAGAACUGAAGAAGAUAAAGUCUUUGAUGAGUGUUCCACCUUCACUUAGCCGAGCUUUCUUCGAUCAGGCCAAGGCUAUCCUUCCGUCAAAGAGCAGGGGAAAAAUUGUGAGCUACUUCUACAAUGUGUCCCUUUUACAGUAUAGGGCAAACCAGAGUAGAAUUACUCCUCAUGAUAUAGACAGUGAUACUGAUCAAUUCUUCAUGGGUGCAACAGAUGCCGAAGAAAACGCAUCCCAGAAACCCCCCCUGCUUUCGCCUAAGAAAAAAAGAUGUUGAUAGCGUAGAGCCUCUAUAAAUCACCCUUGUUGAGAUUCAAUUUGGUGCAGCUAUUUUCUUGUUUUCUUUCCAUCUCGUUUUUUGGUCUUCAUCCUCGCAUCCUCUCAGCAAAUAUUCUGGUUUAGGUUUUGAGGUAAAUACUUGCACCUCUUCCUUGAUGAUUCUACAGUAGUAUUCUUUUUUGUUGUUGGCAUUGCUGAAAAGGAAUGGGCUUUGCGAAAACUGUGAAUCGCAGAAGAGAAGAUUUCUAUAAGUACAGUAAGAGAUAUUUGGAUUAGUUUAGUUUUCAAAAGAUGCAAAAAUGUAAUUGCUAUAUGGAUUUUUUGUUUGUUUCCAUUGGGGGAAAAAAGAAAGAGAAGCGAAAAUAUCACAGUUCA